AUCCUAGCCGCCGCGGCUCUCGGCUCGGCGCAGUCCGCGAGCCCGGUGCGAAUCAUGCCCCUCGGCGACUCCAUCACGGGCAGCCCGACGAAACAGGGCUGCUGGCGGGCCCUGCUGUGGCGCAAGCUGCAGGCCGCGGGCGUGACCAACACCAAGUUCGUGGGCACGCUGCCGGCGCAGGGGUGCGGGUUCACGUACGACGGCGCCAACGAGGGCCACGGCGGGUUCCUGGCGACGGGCAUCGUGGCCAACAAGCAGCUGCCGGGCUGGCUGGCGCAGACGCACCCGGACGUGGUCAUGAUGCAUCUCGGCACCAACGACGUCUGGAACAAUAAGCCUGCCGACGAUAUCCUCGCUGCCUUCUCAGCCAUGGUCGACUGGAUGCGCGCGAGCAAGCCGGGGAUGAAGAUCCUCGUCGCGCAAAUCAUCCCUAUGAACCCGCCCAACUGCAAGGACUGCGGCGCGCGCGUCGUCGCGCUCAACAAGGCCAUCCCCGCCUGGGCCGCCAAUGCCACGUCGCCCGCCAGCCCCGUCACCGUCGUCGACUGCUGGACCGGCUUCGACCCGGCCAAGGACACGGGCGACGGCGUGCACCCCAACAGCGCCGGCAACGAGAAGAUGGCCACGUGCUGGUUCGCGCCGCUCGUCGCUGCCAUCAAG